AUGCAGAACGUAUCAGCACAACCUCACAUAAAUUUGUUCAGUCAACAUCAACAGAAAAAUACAACAAAACAGUUCUCGUCGAUCUCUUCAGGUCGCAAGGCAAUAGUCUUAUUUAUUUUCUUACGUAAAUAUUUGUUGAACAAGAUUGCGCUGAAAUAUUUAACUACGCAUAGUUUUUCAGUGGGUGGAAACAUGUUACAUGUAGCAUAG